UUGACAGAACUCAAUAUGCUCUCUACGUCAUCUGAAAACUCACUUGCUGGCAAGACCUGCCUGGUCACCGGUGGAGCUGGCGGGCUGGGCAAGGCCAUUGCGUCUACUUUCCUCGCAGCUGGCGCAAACGUGGUGAUCUGCGAUGUCAACGAGGACCGACUACAGCAGACGUCGGCAGAACUGGGGGAAACCGGUCGAUUGAAAGCUACCAAGGCGGACAUAACCUCCGCGAGCGCCGUUCAAACGCUCUUUGACGAGAUCGUCGCGGACUUUGGGAAGCUCGACGUCCUGGUCAACAAUGCUGGGAUCAUGGACAGGUUUGAUCCAGUGGGAGAUCUCGACGAGGCACUGUGGGAUAAGGUGAUUGGCGUGAACCUCACAGCCCCAUUUCUGCUCAGUAAACUAGCUGUGCGGAAUAUGUUGGCGCAGCCUACCCCUGAUGGAUGUAUUAUCAACAUCGUGUCUGUAGCCGGUAAGGCCGGCUGGGCAGCGGGCGCAGCAUACACAGCGAGCAAGCACGGUCUUGUUGGGUUGACCAAGAACAUGGCCGCCUUCUACGGUAACAAGGGCAUCCGGUGCAACGGGCUGCUGCUGGGCGGCAUGAACACUAACAUCACCGACGCCUUCCAAGCCGGCUUCAACAAGGAGGGCCAAGACAAAGCCCUCGAGAUCGGAACUGCCGUCAAAGCGCGCCUGUGCGAGAUCGACGAUGUAGCCGACAUGUGUCUGUUCCUGGCCUGCGGCAAGGGCUCGAAACUGAUCAACGGCGCUCUUAUCCCGGCAGACAAUGGCUGGACGGGAGUUCUUGGAUGAUUUAACUUCAUUUAUAUUCGUAUUAUCUACUCAUGUAGUUCCAGUACUUGCCCUUCAACCUCAACAAUGCAUAUAUUCCAAUCCCCCGCCUCAUUCUGGAUACACUCUCCCAGAUUCACACUCGCAGACUGCACACUCCCAUGCCGAUCAUUCAGCUGCGCAUGCAACAUCGGUGUCCCCUCCCCUCCUUCCAGCGCAAGAUGCACCUGCGAUGCGCUCUCCGCG